UCUUUUCGUUGGCUGAGAUACAAUGACCUUGCGCAGUGUGUCCACAUUGAACAGAGCAUGCGCGUCGGUCGUCGCGAGCGUGCGGCCACAGCCAGCGACCGAGCACCAUCGCCGUCGCCUCGCAUCCUCACUAGCGACGCAUCUGGCAUCGCGACGCGCUGAACCCCAGCAGCACCAGCAGCAGCAGACACCCGCCAAGUACUCGAUUGCCAUUGUCGGCGGCGGUCCAGCUGGCUUUUACGUUGCCCACCACCUGCUCAAACAUCGCCAAGAUAUUACCGUCGACAUCUUUGAACGGCUGCGGAUGCCAUUUGGACUGGUGCGCUAUGGCGUCGCUCCUGACCAUCCCGAAGUCAAAAACGUCACCAAUACAUUCGAGCAAGUACUCGCCAAUGACCGAACGCAGUACUUUGGAAACGUCGAGGUCGGCAAGGACAUUGGCCUCAAGGAGUUGCAAUCCCUCUACUCCGGGGUCGUGCUCACAUACGGCGCAGAGAGCGACCAGCUUUUGAGCGUGCCGGGCGAGUUCCCAGGCCCUCGUUUGUCGGACAACAAGCACCCAAGUCUCGCCGAGUUGCACCAGGCGGAUCGCAGCGCAGCCGCUUCGGGCGGCGUCAUUUCCGCGCGGUCGUUCGUUGGCUGGUACAAUGGCCACCCCGAUCAAACUGCCCUCAAUCCGUCAUUGACACGCGGAGACACGGCCGUCGUUUUCGGUCAGGGCAACGUGUCGCUGGACAUUGCGCGCAUGCUGCUCGCUCCAAUCGACGCACUGCAGCGCACGGACAUGGCCGACCAUGCCCUUGCCGAGUUGCGGCGAAGCACAAUCAAGCGCGUGGUGCUUGUUGGGCGGCGCGGUCCGUUGGAAGUUGCCUUCACGAUCAAGGAGCUGCGCGAAAUGACCAAACUCCCUGGCGUCGCAUCCACAUUGAAGCGUCUGGAACUCACCCCGGAAGAGGUGGCCUACUACAACAAUGAGCGUCCUCGGAGACGCCUGACCGAGCUCCUGGUGUCGACCUCCGAGGCGGCCCAGAGUCUCACAUUGACGCCCGACCAACGGCGGUGGGAACUCCUCUUCCAGCGCAUGCCGGAUGGCAUCGUGCGCGAUGCCGCGGGCAAUGUCACAGGAGUGCGUCUGCGGCACACUGCGCUGCAAGGCGCGCCAGGAUCGCGAUCGGCGGUUGCUCUCGAACAAACCGAAUUCAUCCCUUGCUCGCUGGUGAUUCGCAGCAUUGGCUACCGAAGUCUGGCACUCCCAGAGCUGCCUUUCGACGCCCGCCGCGGCAUCAUUCCGAAUAUCAAGGGCCGAGUGGUCACCCCGUCUCAGCCUGGAGAACCGACCAUUUUGCCGGGCCUGUACUGCGCCGGCUGGGUCAAGCACGGCCCGCUCGGCAUCAUUGCCACCACCAUGAACGAUUCCUUUGCAACAUCGAGUCUCAUCCUCGACGACAUUACCAAGCAAGCUUUGCCGCCGUCUCCGGUCGCAUCUUCCGCCAGUCCGUCCGCCCUCCCCCAGUUUGUCUUUAACAAGCAGGCCUUCCUUGCAGCCAAUGCCACCGAGUUGGCCGCAGGCACUGCUCAAGAAAGGCCCCGUAUUAAAAUGCUGCAUGCUGACCCCGCAACGUUGGCAGAUGCUCAAAGCGAGACGGCGCACGGCGCAAACUAACACCAGCAAGAAUUGCUUUAACAAACAAACAAAAUUGCAAAGAAGUAUAAUCCUAAAUGAUACAACCGUAAUAAACGCAGCAACAAAACAAAAGAAACAAGCAAAU